AUGGCCGUCCAACGGAUCCUAGCCAGGGUUUCAUCAACGACUCUAAGAUUCGCAGCCAUCAUCUUCUUCAGACUGGCCAUCCUUCCAACAGUUGUCUUUGCAUGCUUCGCCGCAUACGUCCCAUCCUUUAUCGCCGCCUACUACGCCGUGCCGACUCUCGAGGUCCGCAACGAUACAAUCACCGUCACCGUUGAAGAGACGGUUAGCCCUUCGUCCAACGGAGGCUCGGCUGUCGUCACCGAUGAUGUCAAGAUAGAGGAGGAUGUCGUCCUGAGCGAGAAGGACACCAAGCCUUGGAAGAUUAUCCUCUGGGGCUCCCCCGGCGUCAGGCAUUUCUGGUCGUCUGCCUUGACCUUUUCCAUCAACCUUGCGCUCGUCCUCCUGACUGCCGACGCCCUCUAUCGUGGCAGGUGGCUAUACCCCGCCGACGACCUAUCGUUCGUCCGUCUCGGCUACACCUCACACAACGAGGCCAGGUUCCUCAUCCGUGAGCCCGACCAGGCCGCCAUGCCCGUCAGCAUCGAGAUCCACAUCAAGGACCCGCACCCGCCGUUUGACAACACCCUUUGGCACACUGCGGGUGUUGUCCACUCUACCACCGACGAGACCGACUUUACCGCAACCAUGACGGUGCCUCUUAUCCACUCCCAGCAGCGCGUCUACGAGUGGCGGACAUCCAACAACCACUCAGGCGAGUUCCUGUCGCCCCCCAAGCCAGGCCAGAUGCCAGAGUACCACGAUGGCAAGUACACGUUCCUGUCGACGUCGUGUAUCCUGCCUCGCUUCCCCUACAACCCUCUAGAUCACGCCCUCGCCAUCCCAGGUCUGCGCCCCCUGGCCGCAAAGCUCCCCGAUCUAGGCGCGCAAUUCAUGCUCUUCCUCGGCGACUUCAUCUACAUCGAUGUGCCCCAGCGCUUCGGCAAGUCUGUGGAGGAGUAUCGGAUGAAGUACCGCCAGGUGUACGCCUCGCCUGACUGGGCUCCCGUGGCACAGAACCUGAGCUGGAUCCAUGUACUCGACGACCACGAGAUCUCCAACGACUGGUCCGGCGGCAACGAAGCCAGCCUGUACAAGGCCGCCGUUGAACCCUUCAACAUCUACCAGGGAAAUCUGAAUCCUCCUGCAGCUAUCAAGGCUGGGUCUUCCAGUGCCCGCCGCCAGGACGCCACGUGGUUCGAGUUCGCCCAGGGCCCCGCCAGCUUCUUCCUCAUGGACACGCGCAGCUACCGGUCCGACAAUGACGUCCCAUCCGACGACUCGGACAAGACGAUGCUCGGUCAGGACCAGCUCGAAGACUUCCUCGCGUGGCUCGCCCGUCCUAUGCCCCGCGGGAUCAAGUGGAAGUUUGUCGCAUCGUCCGUCCCCUUCACCAAGAAUUGGCCCAUCAACGUCGAGGACACAUGGGGCGGUUUCCUCGGCGAGCGCAGCAGGAUCCUUGAAGCCAUGUGGGACACUGGCGCCCAGGGCACCCCCGUCGUCAUCCUGUCUGGAGACCGUCACGAGUUUGCCGCCACCAAGUUCCCUCCCCCUCCAGACUCCCGCUGGCCUCAGUCCGCCGCCGCCUACGAGUUUUCUACCAGUCCUCUGGACCAGUUCUCCGGCCUCUUUGAUACGUACAGGCAGACGGAUGAUGAGGAUAUCAAGCUCGGGUACAUUCCCACCGGAACCUCCAAGUUCGGCGCCUUCACCAUCGAAGAUGUCGACGGCCAGAGCCAGCUGCACUACCGCCUCUUCAUCGACGGCGAGGAGCGCUGGUCCAUGGACAUUGUGCCCCCUCCCCCACCCCCUCCCGUUUGGCAGGUGCAGGGCGAGAACACUCUGUCUUCUCUGUGGUCUAAGAUCAGGCAGGUGUACGAGUAG